AACCCGUCUCCCCGCAGGCCUGGGCUGGUCGCUGGCCUUCACGCCGGCGCUGGGCGCCGUUUCCCGCUGGUUCCCCCGGCGCCGCGCCUUGGCCACCGGCCUCGCCGUCUCCGGCGCCGCCGUCUCGGGGCUGGCGCUGGCCCCGCUGCUCCCGCUGGCCCUGGACUCCUACGGCUGGCGCGGCGCCCUGCUCCUGCUGGCCGCCGUCUCCCUGCACCUCGUGGCCGCCGCCGCCCUCCUCCGCCCGCCCCGCGCCCCUCCGGAGCCCCCCGAGCCCCCCGGCGGCCUCGCGGCGCUGCCGCGGCUGCUGCGCAACGGCCCCUUCCUGCGCUACGCCGCCGCCUUCGCCCUGCUGGAUGCCGGCUACUUCGUGCCCUUCGUGCACGGCGCCGGCCGCGCGCUGGAGCUGGGCUGCGACGGCGGCCGCGCCGCCGCCGUGAACCGCCCGUGUGACCCCAAAAUGCGGCCCCGGCUCUCGUCCUUUGGGGGGGCUGGGGAGGGACGGUUCUAG